AAGAAUUCCACAUCUCACCAGGGGGAAAGUCUCAGAUUCCUGUACUUUGUCUCUCUGUGUGUGAGUGUAUGCAUGUGUGUGUGUGUGUGUGUGUGUGUGUGUGUGUGUGUGUGUGCAGUCACUGUCUAAUAAUAUGACUAUUUUGCCAUCCCCCUGCAAAUAAGACUGAAGCUGCCGCCUGAUUGGUAUAACAUCUCACUUUCCCUCAGCAUUGAUUUUUCUGGCUCUCCUUAUCUGCUUCAUAAAAAUAAGCAAGAGGGACAAGACGCUGGUGAGGCUGGAGACUGAGAAGCUCAGGGAGUCUUCCUUUUUAGCAUGAGACAACCUCUGCUUGCUUUCUGGAGAGGGAAGUUGGAUUAUCAAUUGUUUUGUAAAUGUGUAUGGUGAUAUUUGCUCCGCUUUUUGCAAUCUUUGCAUUUGCAACAUGUGGUGGUUAUUCUGGCGCACUGAGGCUGAGCGUGGAUUGUGCCAACAAAACCGAGAGUGACCUCAGCAUCGACAUAGAUUUUGCCUAUCCUUUCAGGUUGCAUCAGGUGACUUUUGAGGUGCCCACCUGUGAAGGAAAACGGCGAGAGAAGCUCGCCUUGAUCGGUGACUUCUCAUCAUCAGCAGAAUUCUUUGUCACCAUUGCAGUGUUUGCCUUCCUGUAUUCGCUGGCUGCUACCGUGGUUUACAUUUUCUUCCAGAACAAGUAUCGUGAAAACAACAGAGGCCCACUCAUUGAUUUCAUCGUCACUGUAGUCUUCUCCUUUCUGUGGCUGGUUGGUUCAUCGGCUUGGGCAAAAGGAUUGUCUGAUGUCAAGGUGGCAACUGAUCCAAAGGAAGUUUUGUUACUGAUGUCGGCUUGCAAACAACAGUCCAACAAGUGCAUGGCUGUCCAUAGCCCUGUUAUGUCAAGCUUAAAUACUUCUGUGGUCUUUGGCUUCUUAAAUUUUGUUCUCUGGGCAGGAAACAUUUGGUUUGUUUUCAAGGAGACUGGAUGGCAUUCUUCAGGCCAGAGGCAUCUCUCGGAGCCAAUGGAGAAGCAGUCCAGCAGUUAUGGCCACGGAGGAUACAACCGAGACAGCUAUGGGCCAAGUGGCGGGUAUAACCAGCCAGCAAAUCUGGGGCCACCUGCUGAGGAGUUUGGCCAGCAGCCUAGUGGCCCCACUUCCUUUGCCAAUCAGAUUUAAUAUGUCAGAGUUUGAUUUCUUCUGGAGAUCAUUCACCAUGAUAUAAUUCAAUGGCACAAGGAUUUUCUUUUUAUUAAGAGCUGGAAUCAAAUAUUAAUAUAGAAAGUCUUUCGUGCAUAUUAGAGCUCCCUAGCUCUCAUUAAACAAGGAAGGCCCUAGGUUGUGAUAAAUGGUACUUUGAGAUUAGUUGAGAUGAUCUAUUAUUUAUCAUAGGUGGUUAAUUGGACAGUGUCUUCUUAUAUGUACAGAUAAUUUUACAGUAGUUUUGUAUGUGUACCAAGGUAGUAGAAGUAUUUUGUAGCCUAAAGUCUUGAGUCUGUCAUAUUUGGAACAUAAAUAAAAUUGUAUCGAGUUUUCUUAUCCAUUUCAAUGGGAAACAAAAUUUUAAUAUUAUUUCUAAGCGAUGACUUGGUGUGGACCACAAAAUGCAUGCUAUAUUACUACUAAGUUUACAACACUGCCGGUCUGUGAAUCUUUGUAAGUAUUUAUUUUAGAUAACUGUUCCUUUUUUUCCCUUUGAUGAUAAAAUUUAGUGCAUGAAUUGGCAUUUUCUCUCAAACUGAAUGUUUGAACUGUGUUUAUAGAAACUUCCCAAUUGUACCCUACUCUAGUAAUUAUACAUUUAAGGAAAUGAACUGCCUGUUGUGUAUAUUUUGUGAAUUUGGCUCUCUGGUUCUAAUCAAGUUCUUAAAGCAUUGUAAUAAAGGUAUGUUCCCAACUAGGGGGAAUUUAAGAGUGUGUACUGUAACUGACCAAUAUGUAUACCCUCUAUGUAAAGUCAGUAGUUUUGCCCAUUAUAACGUGAAUUGGCUUUUUUGUGAAGUUUUUCAUGUGAGUCAUGGAUGAUAAAAACCAAGUAGCCUGUGAUUCCUCUAAUUCAGGAGGUAUUUCUGUCAAUGGUGGAUGGAGGUGAAGAUUGUCAGUUACUUCGUUAAGAAUAGGUCCCCCUGGACUCUAUAUGAUGUUGUAAAAUACUCAUGACUCACAGGACUCAUAAUACUUAACAGACCUGUAUCAGUGUCAUAAUGUGAUGGUUCUACCUAGCUAGCUGUCAAAAUUCCCAAGUUUCACUGCAGUUCUCCAAUGAGCAGUUCUAUCUACCAAUAGAUUAGAAAUGUUGGGAGCACAAGGAUUUUUUCAGUGCAAAAAGAAUUACUCAUAAAGUCUCCUCUUGCCCCAUUCAUGAUCAAGAAUAUGGCAAUCUUCACCUCUGGGUUCUAAAUGAUUUGAAAACCAGAACGAAGCAGGUUUAGCAAAAACAAGUAUCUACCUUCCUAGAUAUAUUAUCACUGUAUGAUCUGUAGUGUUGGAAGCAUUUUAACCACAUUGCAUCUUAUAUAAUAAUUGUAACCAAUUUCUGGCUACUUGGUGAAUCUAUAUUGUGAUAUCUAUUUGACUCUAAUAAAGUUAUUGCAUACAAAUAUG